AUCAAAGCUUUUUGAGACCCUGUGAGACAUCGAGACAAUGACAGAGUUUGAAGCUAAUGUUCGCAACAGGGUGAAGCAUCAUCGCACUAUUUGUCAUCUUUGUUUUCUUUCUACAUGAAACAAAUUUGAUUUUUUUUUUACCACGUUUGCUUCAGCUGUGAUUUAAUUCAUAACAGCGAAAAUGAACGACAGCUUGUUAGUCGACGACUUUGAAGACGUGGACUAUGAGGUCCCCCUGGACGACAUCCCGGACACCACGCAGGGCCCCGCCUUCUUGGCGGCCAGCGUGGUCAUUGCGGCGGUCCUGGUGUGCAUCAUGGCGGUGUGCGGCGUGGGCAACUGCGCCUUCAUUGCCAGCCUGGCGCGCUACAAGAAACUUCGCAACCUGACCAACCUGCUCAUUGCCAACCUGGCGGUGUCUGAUGUGCUGGUGGCGGCCGUGUGCUGCCCCCUGCUGUUGGACUACUAUGUUCUCAAGCAGCUGUCCUGGGACCACGGCCUCCUCAUGUGCGCCGCCGUCAACUACCUGCGCACGGUCUCGCUCUACGUGUCCACCAACGCCCUGCUGGCCAUCGCCGUCGACAGGUACAUGGUGAUCGUGCACCCUCUGAGGCCUCGCAUGAAGCACCAGACGGCGUAUUGCGUCAUCGUGGCCGUCUGGGCGGUUCCGGUAAUGAUCUCCAUCCCCUCGGCCGUCAUGGCAUCAGAGACCACCUACCCUCACGUGGGGGGCGGGGCCUCCAAGACGUUCUGCGCACAAAUCUGGCCUGUGGACCAGCAGCUCUUGUACCGAUCCUACUUCCUGCUCGUCUUUGUGGUGGAGUUCUUGGGCCCCGUGAGUGUCAUGGCUGUCUGCUACGUCCGCAUCUCCACCGAGUUGUGGUUCAAGGACGUUCCAGGCUUUCAGACGGAGCAGAUCCGUAAACGUCUCCGGAAGCGGCGGAGGACAGUAGUGGUGCUGAUCCUGGUUCUGGUGGCCUAUGUGCUGUGCUGGACGCCGUACUACAGCUUCACCCUGCUGCGUGACUUCUACCCCACCCUCAUCUCCAGGGAAAAGAACUCCCUGGUGGCCUUCUACAUCAUCGAGUGCGUCGCCAUGAGCAACGGCGUCAUCAACACGCUCUGCUUUGUCAGCGUCAGACACCGCACUCAACGUCUCAAGAGGCCGACCCGCUUCCCGCUGGUCUCUUUUGUGGCCCGCAAGUCUACAGAUGGGGCUGAGGCACGCACCUCCUCGCUGAGGGUGACCGAGGAUGUGGAAGGAGCUCGGUCCGGGUAGGACUCCAGGUAUUAAUCUUAGCCAAGUCCAAAGGUCUUGACGGCGUCCUGGACUUUUAUCAGCUGAAAAUAGGCCAGCUGUUUCCACGGCGACGUCACGCCUCCCCACUGAACUGACUGAGUCAUUCAUUGGGACACUUUCAGAUCUUUUCUGGUCUUUUGACAAGCCCCAGUCCACUGAGGUGGUCUACACUGAGGUGGUCCUCGAUGAGCAUGACGAUGAGGUACAGGUGUCAAUUAAUGCUAUCAUUAGCAUAGCGCUGUUGAAGCUGCAGGUCAUGUGAGAAAGUGGUCGGAGCCUUGAAAGACUUGUCAGCAGGGGUCAGAGGUCAGGAAAAAGGGGAAAGGGAAAAGUGAGGAGUUCCCUCAACCAAUGAUAACACACCCAUCCAUUUUUUGCACUUAUUCUGCUCAGUAGAGUUUGGAAACCGACCACCUGUCAAUCACAGGGUGGUCACUGAAUGGUAAUCAAUAGGAUGAAUGACCAGUAAAUACUAAGAAUAAUUAAUAGUAUCAACACCAAUCAAUAGCACGAAUGAUUCGCCAUUAAUUAUACAAGUAUCAGCGCUUUUGAUUGACAGCACACUGACAUAUUGAGAGUCCUAAUAAAAUUAUUAUUCACGUUAUAUAAUAAAGUCAGUUGUGAUUGUAAUAAAAUGAGUCAUAGUAAUAUGAGAUUUUGAUACAAUACAAUGAUAUUAUUCAGGUUGUAAACUAAGUAAAGUCAGUAAAGCAACUAUAAUCAAGGUGCAGCAGGUCCAUGUCCAAAGAGACCAGUUUCCUGUUGAUUCAGUCAUCCAUUACUUCCUGUCAAUAUUCCAUUAGUGCUGACAAAUAAAUCAAAGCCAACGGAUACCACCACAACAUUAGGUACUUACAAAGGCAUGAGAGUCAAAAUAUUAGGAACACCUUCAUUCACCAAAAUGUGUUUUUGUGGAAGUGUUUUCAGUUUUUUGUGUUAUCAUACCAACUAAAUAUAACGAGACAUGAAAUAAAUCAA